AUGUCUGUCAAAGCUGCAGAAGACAACCCGUUCCAGCUGUUGAUUCAGGAAACAAAUAAUGACCCAGCUCAACUGCAAGCGCGUUAUGAGAGCCACCGGGUAAACCGAAACAAGCAGCAAAGCACAACCAUUCUCUCUGAGAACUUCCCAGGUUGGAGCCUGGAUGAAAUCCUCAAGCGUCUUGAUGGUCCUGAGAAGGAAGAUGGUUUUGUUGAUCCUCGGAACUGUUUGGUAAUUUGGGCUAAACCCCCUCCACAUAUCCGUGACAUGGUCGCUUUUGUUCAGAAUGAACUCAAGGAUGUUGCUCCCUCCCUGUGGUUUAUGCCCUCUGAAAAUCUGCACACGACAGUGCUGGAAGUGGCUCACUCCUUGACUAAGGAACAGAUCGGUAACCUAGUUCAUAUUCUCGAGUCUUCGGAGAAAAUGAGCCCAGCACAGAUUGUGGAAUAUCCACUCACUCAUCAGGCACCUCUUCUCAAACCUAUGAUCAGUUUUGACUCUGCUGCCAUGGCACUCAGCUUUGUUCCUGCUGCGGGUGAAGCCUCAAAUGAACAAGGAAAUGCUGGUAGCCAUAGUGACCAGUAUACAUAUCAUCAUCUCCGGGGAGAUGUUUUUGAUAUGGUACGACAGGCUGGUAUCCCGGUCGCCUCUAGGUAUAUCUACCCCUCUGCCCAUCUCACUAUUGCGCGAUUUAUCAAUCAUGAUGGCUUCUCUGUGAAGGGAACAGAGGGGAAUGAGGUUGAUCGUUCGCGUGUCAAGUUGUUGAUUGAUAGAAUCACUGAGAUCAAUCAGAAGCUGGAAAAUGAGUUCUGGCCACGGGUUGAUGGUUCUAUUCCGGAUGGUGGAGAGUGGAUUGUUGGACGAGAUAGAGGUUUUGUGAUUCAAAGAGGUCGUCUCUGGUAUGGAGGUGGAGACUCGGAGACUCUUGCAUAUGCUUAG